AUGUCCUCCAAAUUUACCGAGAUCCUUGAUGAAGGAUAUCAAACAUCCUCCCCCCAGGACGAUGUACGCCUCGAAGAUAUCAUUGCAGCCACCAACAUGUCUCACCGCGGCCGUACUUCCUCAGAGACCAGCUCACGAAGCGCAAGUUCAUCCAACAGCGCCAGCCCUGACGAGAAGCCUCGCAAGAGGCUGUCACGACUUCUCAUGCCCACGGCAAAAAGAUGA